AUGGCAUCUCUAAGGGCCGCCACCGCCACACUGCUCCUCCUCACCCUCGCGUCGUCCGCCGCGGCCACAUAUACCAAGUUCAACAUCACCGAGAUCCUUAGCGAGUCACCAGAGUUCUCGACCUUCAACAGCCUCCUCUCAAAAACGAAUCUCUCCGAGGAGAUCAACAAUCGGCAGACCAUCACCGUGCUCGUGGUAGACGAUUCUGCCGCCAGGGCCAUCACGUCGCUGCCCGCCGACGUGCAGAAGAACGUGCUGGCCGUGCACGUCAUCCUCGACUACUACGACCCCAUGAAACUCGACACCAUCGCAAAGAAGACGGCGCUGCUCACCACGCUAUUCCAGACGACCGGCGCCGCGACCAACCGCAUGGGGUUCUUGAACUACACCCAGGGAGCGGACGACCAGAUGGCGUUUGGCUCGGCCGAGCCCGGCGCACCGCUCAGCUCGCAGUUGGUGAAGGUCGUUGCUUGCCGGCCUUACAACCUCGCCGUCAUGCAGGUCAGCGAAGCAAUCAUCCCGCCGAGCAUCGGCUCAUCGGGCAAGGGACCCGAUCCUCAAGCGAAGUCCUAUGGUUCGUCGCCAUCACCGGCAUCGUCGAUCGAGAAAGCGGAAGGUCCUGAAGCGAGCGUCCAGACCACCGAGGCUGAGGUUGAGGCGCUCAAAUCAUCCGAUGAUGCCAGUGCUCUAGACGUUGACGAUCCUUCCCCUGCAGCUGUGGAUGCACCCGAAUCAUCUCAACCAGCGAAGAGUGCUGACGCGGCCAAAGGCGUGCCCACCUCGGCGGGAAAUACGGUGCUAGUUUGCACAAGUUUUGGGUUCAUCGGGCUUGUGAUGUUGAUGAUAUAA